UCAGGCCUGAAAUAAUACAGUUGUACCCGCCGCUGGGGAUAUUUAUACCCAGAUAUGAAAAACAAAUAUCCUCUUACCAUUGCAUGCUCAUAAGAAAACGGGAUGGCUUGAUCUUUCAUGUACAAUUAUUUAAACAACGUUUCCAAAGCAAAGCAACUUGAUCUGCAUCAUAAAUUAAUUUAAGACUAUUACUAAGUGAUAUAAAUUAUAAAAUUUCCUGAAUAAGUAAUACAAAACAUUUUUCUUUGCAUUUUUAUGAAAUUUCACCCGUCUGCAUUUUUGCUGGUGGAGGUUGGAGAUGAGAAAAGCAUAUCAAUAGAUAAAUGGCCGAAGCACUGAGAGGCGGUUAGCGCUGCUACUGAAUGGGCUUGUAGUGCUUGAAGCAAGGCUUGCUACAAAACACACAAGCUGUUAAACCCACAGUAAGGGGUAACGGUAUAGAUUUGUUGUACAACGAGAAGACACAGGUUCACUGUUCCUGUUAUUUAAUUAUUUUACAACCUACGAAUAUUUCAAUACCAAAUUCAUUUCCGCAUACACUUUGCGCUCCACUUUUAUUAACAAUGACGUAACAAACACUGUGACGUCAUAGAAGGACAUCGUCAUUCCUUCCGCCCUUCGACAUUGCCGACUUGGCGUAGUGCAGGCGCAGAUCUACGUCAAAGAUGGACAAGCCCGCCUCCGGAGACAAGGGACAGGACACCCCCUCCUAUUUUGAUAUAUUCAAAGGACCUCCGCGCCACGUGGCCCGGGUCACCAAGGCCCUACAAGCCUACAUGGAGAAGAUGGAGGUGAUGAAGGACGCCAACGCCCAUCUACUGACCACCAUGGUGGACAUGUGCCCCAAGACAUGGAAGAUACUCCCGGAAUUGAAGAUCUACCUCGAGGACCAGUCAAUGUUGUGGAGUCUUGUCGGAUCGUCACUUCGGCCCUUGUUCGCCGCUUUAAGGAACUACGAGGCCUUCGCACAGGGAGCACAGCAAGCUUUGCUGGAGUUUGAAGUUCGGCUCAGUGAAGUUAAACUAAUGAGUGCGGAGUAUGAGCUCAUGAAGAGGUCUUCGCGUGUCUCCAAAGCUCAACAGUUUCAGAUCGAGUACAUGCUCCGCGAGUCAGGACGUGCACUCGUGGCCAUCCGGAAGGUGGUGGAGGACAAGAUGCUCACAUUCAGACGCUCCCAAACCGAGCUUGGAAAGGAACUGCUGUUGAAAUUUGAGGAUAUCAUGAAAGUUACCUGUGUAGAGGGUGGUCAGGUUUCAGAUUUAAUUCAAGAUAUUUUGCGGGCAUCGCCUGUCAAGAAAACCAACAGGAAGGGUGAACAAAUUGAUCACCUUGAAUUUGUCCUGAACCACGUUCAGAAGGUGGUUGACAAGGUCGGCUCCACACCUGUAGAUCUGAGUUCCAAGAGAGCAAUCUACUUCCCUGAAAAAGCAAAACCAGAGGCUGCAGGUCAACUGAAGUCACAAGGUAGAGCCCGAACUGAAGCUGCCCAACCCCGGCAAACACACGCUCAACUCCAGUCACAACCUCAGACCGAGGUAAUCACCAGGCCAGAAGCAUCUGAACAAGAUCGACCUGCUAGCACAAUCCAGUACUUCAGGGACAAGAAUGAACCGCGCAGGAUGUCGCUCGAUAAUUACACCGAAUUCAACCGCACUGCCCGUCCUUACCACAGUACCUUUGCCCAAGAGGAGGUGAAGGUGACAAGAGUCACACGUCCCAAAACAGCCACCUCUCAUGCUAACUCGAGCACUCUGAACAGUUAUGAGUAUGGUACACGACAGGGCUAUCGCUAUGAUGAUGAGAGAGGGGUUAGAGAAGCCACCUACAAAACCACCAGGGCGAGAACUAGGUACGUCACUCCCAGCAAUGGUAGAGAGACCUCGGGGCGACAAAGCAGAUCUUCAAGCGUUGAUGCUGAUGACACUGCCGGCUACAUGGACAGCAAUGGAGUAAUGUCGCCCCGACCACCGUCUUCAAGCAGACAGAACUACAAUGGCGUCAGGGACCAGAUGGUUGUAACCAGAACAGCUGAGCAGACCCGUGGAACCAAGAGGUCCUCGGGGCAGGACAGACAGACACAGACACCCGUUCAGACACGGUCUGGUCAGAGAAAGUCUGGGCUGCCCUUCAAAGUAACCGUUCCUGAUAGCCACGACAAUGUUUUCUUCGAAUGCAGCUGAUGAAAACCUGAUCUGGAGAAGAAGAAGAUGAUGUUGCUUUUCCGUUUUGUUAAAAGGUUUUAAUGUUCCGACUUUAAUAAUUUUAACCAGUAAAUAUUCCUUAUGUUACUUGUACAGUCGAACCAAUGUACGGACAAUAAUGUUUGUUUCACAGUACAGAUACCAAACAAUCAUAAACAGGAUGAAACAUUUGAUGUUUCGGGUUUCGGUUUUAAAUUGUUUCUUGACUAAUUAAUGUCCAGAUCUACACAGAGUGAGUACAACUCUUUUAUAAAGCUUCCGUGUCCUAAAUUGUUAUCUCCCAAGGUCGCCUGGAUGGACGAGACGUCACGUGUAUUGUUUGUCCAGAAUCUUGCAAUCUAAUCAGUCAAUUAUCUGUAUGACUUUGCGGUAUUAAAUACAUGUUUCCGUAUAUUCGCAA